AUGCACUCUGAACUCUGCACUCCGUACUCCGCAUUUCUUUUAGGGGUAUUGAAGAGAGGGGAACAUGUCUCUAACUUGAAUGAUAAGAACAUAAAAUGUACGAACGAACAAACAAAAACUGUGUACCCAACACAGCUUGUCGUUACGAAAGAUCUCAGAUUCAUUUCAGAUCAGAUUCCAGAUUCCAAAAAGUGA